AUGCCUUCGAAUGCGAUCCAGAUCCCACAGAUCCAGCAUGUGUUUCCAGCAGAAAGCAGAAGGAGCCGCAAGAUCCGGCUUUCCCAUCUCGACCAGAUCAAAGCCGAGUUCAUGCAUGCCUGGUCCGGCUACAAAACAAAGGCAUGGCUUAGUGAUGAACUUAUGUCGAUUUCUGGCAAAGGGGCAGAGACCUUUGGUGGAUGGGCCGUGACGAUUGUUGAUUCUCUCGACACUCUAUGGAUAAUGGGCCUGAAAGAUGAGUUCGAAGAGGCUGUUCAAGCUUUGGAUGCGAUCGACUUCAGCACCAACUCGCACGAUGACCUCAGCAUCUUUGAAACCACCAUCCGGGUCCUCGGCGGAUUCUUGGGCGCAUACGAUCUGACCGAAGGCCGCUACCCCAGCCUUCUCCAGAAGGCUUGGGAAGUCGGCAACAUGCUCUACGCUGCGUUCGACACGCCCAACCGCAUGCCCGUUACCGACUGGAAUUUCAAGGAUGCUGCCAAGGGACGUCCGCAAGAAGCGGGAGACUGGGUGUCUUCCGCGGAGCUUGGGUCGCUCACUUUGGAGUUCACAAGGCUUUCACAGCUAACAGGCGAUCCUCGCUUCUAUGACGCUGUGCAAAGGAUCAUGGACGUGUUCGACGCCCAACAAAAUUACACGAAGCUGCCUGGAAUGUGGCCCAAGAUGGUUGACGCUAAGAACCUGCGCUUUGCUUCUUUUGGCCUUUUCACUCUCGGAGCACGCGCUGACUCUUUGUACGAAUACCUCCCAAAGCAACACAUGAUGCUUGGUGGAGCAACUGCGCAAUAUAGAAAACUUUUCGAACUGUCGGCAGCUGCUAUGAAAACGCACUUAUUCUACCGGCCCAUGACAUCUGAUGGAGCCAACGUCCUCGUUUCUGGUGAUGUUUCCGUAGACAACAAAGGCAAAAUACAGCUCGACCCGAAGAACCAACACCUCACGUGUUUUGCGGGUGGAAUGUUUGGUAUUGCCGGGCAAAUAUUCAACAAUGCAGAAGACACGGAAGUAGGACGAAGGCUUACCGAGGGUUGCUUGUGGUCAUAUGAGGUGAACCGGAACGGAAUCAUGCCCGAGGACAUGUACACCGUACCUUGCUCAAACGCAGAUCAAUGCGCUUGGGAUGAGAAAAAAUGGGACCAGGCUGUAGUUGGAAGAAUCGAUGCGGAGGCACAAGAGACGCUAUUGAUGCCAGGUGUGGCAGAGGUGUCAAAUGGGGAAUACUCGCUCCGCCCCGAGGCCAUCGAAUCCGUCUUCAUACUUUAUCGAAUCACGGGUAAUGAGGACCUCCGCGAACGCGCUUGGACUAUGUUCAAGAACAUCAUCAGGUUCACCAGGACUCCGAUCGCCCAUGCGGUUCUUAAGGAUUGCACAGUGGAAUACCCCCCUCAAGCAGAUAACAUGCCGUCAUUUUGGACGGCAGAGACGCUCAAGUACUUUUACCUACUGUUCUCCGAGCCGGAUGUGGUGAGCCUGGAUCAGUUCGUAUUCAACACCGAAGCGCACCCGCUGAGGAGGCCAAAUCCGCCGCGACAAACCUUUAGGUGA